AGGGUGUGAUAUCACGUGAUGUAAAACAUACAGUAGUCUUCAUAGCAGACAUCAUACACAAAAUGGAGGAACGGAUAUGUGAGCUGCGGAUGGAAAUAGUUCGACUUAUUAAACACCCCGCUGUGCUACAAUUCCUAGUCCCGCAUGUGAUCAAUCAAGUUAACGCGAAGGAAAUAAAACGAUUAUAUGACAUAUCUACGGAGAGAGCUAAUCAUCGUCUUCUAGACCUUCUCAUCAGAUCUGAUGAACCAGGGAAAUGGACGUCUUUUCAGCAUGCUCUUGAACACUCCCAUUACCCUUACUUGGUUGCACUUCUAAAAACAACAAACACAACAAGUUACAAUCAGCAAAGACAGAUUAUAGAAAUAUUUGCUCCAUUUCUUGAAAGAUCGUUAAAUCCUUUAGAUGUACUUGACAAACUUUACCAACGAGAUAUCAUAGAUGAGCCUGACAAAGAGCUUGUACAUGCAGAACAAACAAACAGAGGUCCUAUUGCAGCUGCAAUGAUUUUAUUGGAUAUAAUACAAACACAUCUAGCACCUGAAAUGUGGUACAAGGGAUUUCUAGAGGCGCUUUAUGAGAACGGUUAUGAACACCUUGUUCAAGAGAUAGAUCCCGAUUUCUGCGAGAAAAGGAAUCAUAAAGCAGAUCAUUUAAAUAACGAAACUGAUAUCAGCGCCAUAAAAGAAACAGUUGACCUAGUUGAAGCGAUCAACACUGACAACAAAACUAUAUCUGAGAAUAUUAACAGGUUCAGGAGCGUGAUAACCGAGACGCUAGAUAUACCGUCAAUAGUAAAUGUAUUGAUACCCACAGUGAUAUUGGCUGAUAAACGCGAUGAAUUACUUCAGACAUACGAAUACGACCAGGUAAAGGCAACAGGUCAACUCCUUGAAUAUGUGAUCUCAUCCGGUAAUGGAGAAGUAUUUAUACGCUGUCUCGAACGUUCAGAUUACCAGUACUUGGCAAGACUUCUAAGGAAUAAGGGAUCAAAAGGACACAAUGGCUAUUGCCAAAAAGUAAUACAAAUAUUUUCUUCCAACAUCCAACAACAAAUCAGCACACCUGAACUUCUUUCAAGACUAGUGGAACAAAAUGUAAUCAACCAAAGAGAUAUGGAGUUGAUCCAGUCGGAACACCGCAGGAAGGGAAAUACUGCCGCCACAGUAGUUUUGUUGGAUUGUAUACAAACACAUUUAAGCCCCGAGGAAUGGUAUAUGAAGUUUCUGCACGCGUUGAUGGCCACAUCACAAGACCACAUUGUCGAUAUCAUUGAACCUGACUUCACAAGAAAUCCGGAUCAGUUCAUGAUAAAAAUGAAGCAGAUUGAUCAUUCUGAAGAAAGCUGUGAGUCUGCCCAGGAUGAUCCAUUCGAAGAUGAAAUAGCAGCGAUGUGUAAGAUCAAACAAGCAUACUUUGAAUCGAAAUUGAAAGCGGAGGCACAAAUAAUUGAGGAACAAAAAUACAUGAUAAAGUUUAUUAGCGACAAAUUUGAACAGCUGAAAAUGGAGGUGAAAGAAAAGGCCCAAUCAUUUGAUACAGACCUGGCAAACCACAAAGAAGCAGUACUGCGACUUAAAGAAAGAAACCACAGUUACCCACAGAAUGAAGCAAUAGAAAAUGAAUUAGAAAUUUUAAAGCAGCGGUAUCCACAGCUUUCAGGAAACACUAAAAUAGAAGUCAAAUUUGAGCGAAACCUAACUUUGCAUUUCUUGAAAUCGGUAGGAUAUGUGUCUGAAAUAAGACCUGCAGAUUUACAAAAAGAUCUCUCGAAUAUUGACGUGGAAUCUCAUCACGGAAUUCCUUUGACCCUUGAUAAUAUUAGGCUACCUACUGAUGAGCGGCCACAUGCACCUAUAUCCGACGAAGGAUCUUCAUUUUUACAAAUCACCGUACCGCCUUUUUCUGAUGAUGAAACAAUGAGUUUGGAAUCAGACUUAGAAAAGAAUGAAGAACAAAUUGAGAAUGACAUUGCAAGUGGUACAAUUGAAAUAAUUGUGUCCAAAAAGGUGCCAGCAUUAAAUCAGUUAUCACUAAAAGAUAUUAUUGCAAUAUCUGGAAAAGAAAUUGCCGGAAUAUGUAAAAGAACGAACACGUUGUUAAUAAUAGAGACGGAAAAUUUUGAUAUAGUUUCAAGAAUUCCUCUGAAAAAUAAAAAUAGCAAUAAGUUGGCGUUAUUGAAUAAAAAUACUGUCGCAGUUAUGUCGCCUGAUGUACAACCGUUGAUUAUCAUCUCUUUUGAUGAGCCUAAGCAAGUGCUGUACGAAUGGAAUUGCGAAUCUGAUAAAUGCAUUUUGGUAUCACACAAAAACUGCCUGUAUGUUAUAUGUUUGGGACACCACUUACAUGUUUAUAGAUUGGAUACAGGGAAACAAGACAUAUAUAUGCUGGGCUCUCCCACCGAUGAACCAUGGUAUCCGAAAUAUGCGAUUCUGAAUGCAAGUGGAGAGGAACUAUUCAUAUCCGACUAUGACUGUGUUUACUGCUUUAAGAUUUUAGAUAAAGAGCGAGUACAGGAACAGUGGAAAUACUUUGAUAGUAAUAAAAGCCUUUUUGAAAGGCAGUUAUUCAUAGGAAUUUCUAUUUACGAUGAAAAUAUACUGUUACUUGACAAGAACAAUAAUUCUGUCCUGAGAUUAAGUAGUAAAGGCGGCUUUUACAGGGACGAAAUCGUGAGUUCGUCAUUCAGUGAUUGCGAUUUAUUGGCGUUCUACCCACAAGAAAAUCUAAUACAUCUUGUCAGUUACAGAUAUAAGGAAUAUAAAAAAGUUAAACUAGUUUCAAACAGUUUACAUACAGACUGUGAAGAAGAGUUUGAUCCAUACGUUAACGUUGUAUGACUGGUGACUUCAGAUCAUAAUCAACAAUCAUUCGUCAUUCAAAUUCUUGAUAAAAAUAUUCCUAAGCAUAUGUUACAUGUACUGUUGAAAAAAAACCCAUACUAUAUAGAAUAUGAGCCAUGCCAUCCGCGCAGUCUGGUCAGGAUCCAUGCUGUUCGCUUUCAAAGCCUAUUGCAAUCACAGAAACUGUUAGCGAAUAGCAUGGAUCCUGACCAGUCUGCGCGGAUGCGCAGGCUGGUCUGGAUCCAUGCUGGUCGCAAAGCCAAUAUGUUGGUUUUCUCAUGGCACGGUUCAAAUGGAAUUCACUGCUUUCAAGAAUCUUUGUGUGAGAUAUUUGCCGUGUGUCAUAGGUUCCCAAUUUUGAACGGCAUUUUUUUUGCGAACGUCAGAUCUUGCGCGAAGUUUCGCGGGAAGAACCCUCCCUGAUAUCAUUACACCAAUUAUGUUUUUAAAGGCUUAUUUCUAUACAAAACAUAAAGUGAAUGUAAACGGCAAAGUAAAAUGACCAUGUUUUCAGAGUUAUUAUUGUGUUUAUCAGAUAAUGCUUCUCUCUGUACUCGUUUACUUAUUUAUGAAAUUAAAAUGCCUAAAUCAUGAAUUACUUUAUCUUUUCCGCCAUCGAACUAAAACUUCGAUAAUUUAUGAAAUAAUGGAAAAUUAUUCCAUAACGAACUCUACAAUUUAUAACUUCUGUGAAAUGUAUAAUGUGCAGGUAUAUUCCUAAAAAAAGAAAAAGAUAGCAUAGACUAAUGAAGGCUGUAAUGAGCCCUCUUUCAAAAACUGAAAAGGAAUCCAUCUAUUGUCGCUAGGUUAUAUACCUGAUCAUGGUGCCUGUCCUACAUUGACAUAUGCAUAGUGAGAAUUUUCCGUUAGGACUGCUCCAUGAACAACGUUCAUUAAAUAACAUUGGAACAACUUC